AUGGUUUACAUGUUCAAGUAUGACUCCACCCAUGGAAAGUACAAGGGUGAGGUUAAGGCUGAAGGCGGCAAGCUGGUCAUUGACGGUCAAGCUAUCACCGUCUUCAGCGAGAGGGAUCCAGCCAACAUUAAAUGGGGUGAUGCAGGGGCUCAGUAUGUUGUGGAGUCUACUGGUGUUUUCACCACCAUUGAGAAGGCGUCUGCUCACCUUAAGGGUGGUGCCAAGAGAGUCAUCAUCUCUGCCCCCAGUGCAGAUGCCCCCAUGUUUGUCAUGGGUGUCAACCAUGAGAAAUAUGAUAAUUCCCUUAAAGUUGUCAGCAAUGCCUCCUGCACCACCAACUGCUUGGCUCCCUUGGCCAAGGUCAUCAAUGAUAACUUUGUCAUCGUUGAAGGUCUUAUGAGCACUGUUCAUGCUAUCACAGCCACACAGAAGACCGUGGAUGGGCCCUCAGGGAAACUGUGGAGAGAUGGCCGCGGUCUUAUGAGCACAGUUCAUGCUAUCACAGCUACACAGAAGACCGUGGACGGGCCCUCAGGAAAACUGUGGAGGGAUGGUCGCGGUGCCAGUCAGAACAUUAUCCCAGCCUCCACUGGGGCUGCCAAGGCUGUGGGCAAAGUCAUUCCUGAGCUCAAUGGCAAGCUUACUGGUAUGGCCUUCCGUGUCCCCACCCCCAAUGUGUCUGUGGUGGAUCUGACUGUCCGUCUUGAGAAACCUGCCAGUUAUGAUGCGAUCAAGAAAGUGGUCAAGGCUGCAGCUGAUGGACCCAUGAAAGGUAUUCUGGGAUACACCGAGGACCAGGUGGUAUCCACUGACUUCAACGGGGAUGUGCGUUCAUCUAUCUUUGAUGCUGGUGCUGGCAUUGCCCUCAAUGAUCACUUUGUCAAGCUGGUCACAUGGUAUGACAAUGAGUUUGGUUACAGCAACCGUGUGUGUGACCUGAUGGCACACAUGGCCUCCAAGGAGUAA